GCGCGCUUUCUGACAGUACAGUACGAAACUAUGAAAACAUGUCUCCGGAUCUGAACUAACGGAAUUUAUUCAACAAAAAUAUAGGUUUUUUAAAUAAAAUUACAGUUCAUACAAAUAUAAAGAACUUAAAUUACAAUGAGUUCGCCAAUACCUGAUACGCCCGAUAGAGAUGGAGCUCGUUCUCGCAUGACAUCUCCAGCUCGUGAUUAUGAGAUGUUCGAAGAUGAAGGGGCUAUUUUGGGUGACAAUCCCGAAGAAGAGGAAGAAGAUGGAGAGGAACUUUUUAAUGAUAAUAUGGAAGCUGAUUACCGUCCAAUGCCAGCGUUGGACAGGUAUGAUGCUGAAGAUCUGGACGAUGAAGACUAUGAAGCGAUGUCUGUUGGAGACCGUGUGGCAGCAGAGCGAGAACUUCAGCGACGAGACAGAGAUGAGGGCAGGAUGAGGAGAGAUGAUCGAGAUUUACUUUAUGAUGAUUCUGAUGAUGAAAGCCGCGAUGCUCCUCGUGCUAAGCGUCGAAGAGCUGCAGAGAAGGCUGCUACGGGUUCAGACGAACAAGUCGAGGAAGGCAUUGAGAGUAUUGAGAACUUAGAAGACACAAAAGGGUAUACUACCAAGGAGUGGGUCUCUAUGUUGGGGCCAAGGACUGAAAUAUCUAACAGAUUCAAAAACUUCCUCCGCACAUACACAAACAGCAAGGGCCAAUUCGUGUACAAAGAAAGAAUCCGGCGCAUGUGUGAACAUAACCAGGCCUCGUUUCACGUGGAGUUCGAUGUGUUGGCGCGCAGGGAACAAGUACUGGCUUACUUUUUGCCGGAAGCCCCCUUCCAGAUGCUGCAGAUCUUCGAUGAGGUCGCCAAAGAAAUCGUCCUGCAGAUAUUCCCGAGCUACGAGCGUGUGACGUCAGAGAUCCACGUCCGAAUUGCUGACUUGCCGCUCAUUGAAGAGCUGCGGACGUUCCGCAAGCUGCAUUUGAAUCAAUUGGUGAGGACGGUGGGAGUGAUCACCGCCACUACGGGCGUCCUGCCACAGCUGUCGGUGGUGAAGUACGAUUGUAAUCGCUGUGGUUACAUACUUGGACCAUUCGUGCAGUCACAGAACUCGGAAGUGAAGCCGGGAUCCUGUCCCGAGUGCCAAAGCGCUGGACCGUUUAUGGUGAACAUGGAACAAACAGUGUAUCGUAACUACCAAAAAGUAACUAUACAAGAGUCUCCAGGGAGGAUUCCUGCGGGACGUAUACCAAGGAGCAAGGAUUGUAUACUGCUGUCAGACCUUUGUGACAGAUGCAAGCCUGGCGACGAAGUGGACCUCACGGGAAUAUACACUAACAAUUAUGAUGGCUCUCUAAAUACUGAACAGGGUUUCCCAGUAUUUGCAACGGUGAUCAUCGCAAAUUAUAUAGUGGUGAAGGAUUGCAAGCACAUAGUGGAUUCACUAACAGACGACGAUGUUGCCAACAUAGUCAAACUUUCAAAGGAUCCUCAAAUAGGAGAAAGAAUAGUCAAAAGUAUUGCUCCAUCUAUAUAUGGACAUGAUUACAUCAAACGAGGCUUAGCACUCGCCUUGUUUGGGGGUGAACCUAAGAAUCCUGGUGAAAAGCAUAAACUAAGAGGAGACAUCAAUGUUUUGAUAUGCGGGGACCCUGGUACAGCUAAAUCACAAUUUUUGAAAUAUACAGAAAAGAUCGCACCCCGAGCCAUAUUCACAACGGGACAAGGCGCCAGUGCCGUCGGUCUCACGGCCUACGUGAGAAAGAGCCCGACUACAAGGGAAUGGACAUUAGAAGCAGGUGCGCUAGUUCUGGCCGACCGAGGCGUCUGUCUCAUAGAUGAGUUCGACAAAAUGAAUGACCAAGACCGAACCUCCAUCCACGAGGCCAUGGAGCAGCAGUCCAUAUCCAUUUCCAAAGCUGGUAUUGUCACAUCAUUACACGCGAGAUGUUCAAUAAUAGCAGCCGCUAACCCUAUCGGCGGUCGAUACGACGCGUCGCUCACAUUCACGGAGAAUGUCAACCUUUCCGAACCGAUAUUGUCUCGGUUCGACGUGCUCUGCGUAGUCAGGGACGAAGCUGAUCCCAUGCAAGAUGCUCACUUAGCUAAAUUUGUAGUGAGCUCACAUAUAAGACAUCACCCAACUCAACGUGGUACAUCUAUAGAAGAUACAUCAACGGACAAUGAAUUUAUCCUACCUCAAGAUCUAUUUAAGAAGUACAUUGUGUAUGCGAGAGAAAAUGUUCAUCCAAAAUUACAGAAUAUGGACCAAGACAAAGUUGCGAAAAUGUACAGUCAGCUGAGACAAGAAUCUUUGGCAACCGGCAGCUUGCCUAUCACCGUUCGACAUAUUGAAUCUGUCAUCCGGAUGAGCGAAGCGCACGCACGGAUGCACUUACGGAACCAAGUUAAUGAGGAAGACGUUAACCUCGCCAUCAGAACCAUGCUGGAGAGCUUUGUGGAUACGCAGAAGUACAGCGUCAUGCGCGCUAUGAGACAGACAUUCCAGAAAUAUCUAUCAUACAAGAAAGAUCAUAGUGAGUUACUCUACUACAUACUCCGUCAGCUUACAAUGGAUCAACUAGCAUAUAUGCGGGGUCUUCAUAAUCAUUCACAGUCAACUAUUGAAAUCUCUGAGCGGGAUCUUAUUGAGCGAGCAAGGCAGAUUAACAUUUCAGACUUGAAACCCUUCUAUGAUAGCAGAAUAUUCAAAUUAAACAGCUUCAGCUAUGAUCAAAAACGUAAAGUCAUUAUUCAUACACUUCCCGAAGUGCCGACUGUAUCAUAAAAUUAAAAUAUUGUUAAGAGAGUGUGUUUUAAAUUUUAAGCUUUCUUCGUUGCUUUGUUAUAUGAUGUGUCUUGUUGAUCGACCAUAUUGAAUCUUUUGUUUUUUCUUGUCAUUUAUAUAAUACUAGGAGUAUAUUCCCACAGACGACAAUAUUCACAAUUUUUUUAUUUUACAUGUAUUAAUGAUAGUUGUAAGCGGUAUCUUUAAAAUUUGGUAUAAUUGCAAAAAAAAUUCGAAUAUCUUAAGUCAGAGCUGAAUCGGAUUGCAAGGUAUUUUGUCGCUUUCGU